AUGGAUGGCGUUCACCUACCAAAACUCGUUAAUAUCCCAAUUACCGAUUCGUCAUGCUUCCACAACAUUUCGAGAAUCCUCAUUCAACACGGACCACCAAUUCUCGACACACAUUUAUGGCAAGUUUCUCUUUUUUUCUGGUUUCUACGGGAUGUUUUCUCUGCGUUUCCAACUCUUCAGUUAGUUUCCGCCGUCGUCGUGUGUAGCAAUAUUCUAUAG